ACACUAGAUAUCAGUGAAAAAGCAGAGUUGGGUUAGGACGGGGGUCAAACCAGAGAGAGUUUGAAAUGGACACAGACAAAUCUCAGCAACAGUUCUCUGAAAACUACUCUGAGGUCACCGUUAGCUCAAGUGCAGAUGUUCAUAAUCGCCCAAGAAAAGAAUCUGGGACAUCUGAGAGCGUCCGGGGUGAGGGAGGACGAGUGAGACCGUACCCCUCACCAUCCCGCAGGAGACACCGAACUACCUUCAGCAAUGAGCAGCUGGAACAGCUGGAGCUAGCUUUCAGACAGAACCACUAUCCUGAUAUCUACUACAGAGAGGAGCUCGCCAGAGCCACCAAACUCAACGAGGCUCGCAUACAGGUGUGGUUUCAGAACCGGCGUGCCAAGCAGCGCAAGCAGGAGCGUGUCCCUCAGAAAGCGCUGCCGGUGAGCAUGAUGCCCGGACGAGGGCCUCUCUUCAGCAGCAUGUGCGUGUCUCCCUCCGCCUUGAGCCGGCAGUACCAGUGCCCUCAUUCACUGCCGCAUCUGCCCCGAUUCUCAUCAGUGCUGCCCCCUGGAGGAUACCCGCCCCAGCCGUCAUCACACGCCUCCAGACCUCCUGAAGACUGGUACAGUCAACUGCGCAGCAUCGGACCGGCCACCACCUCAGUGCUCUCUGUGUCCACACUGGAAACCGCUAGUCACUGGAACUAGAGCAAGUGCUGUUCUACCACCGGUGUAUACACCAGAAUUAAUAAAUCUUUUCAGUGACAAAGAAAGAUUGUCUUUAUUACUGUUGCAAUCACACAGAACAGAUUCUUUCAAUUAUUGCUGUAUCUACCUAGGCAAAAAUAACUACAUUUAUAUUGAUUUCCUUUGUUAACACUGAACUGUGAUUAUUAAACUAGAUUCAGUUCA